GUUAAAGAUACUAUUGUCUUCGCGCACUGCUUAGACGAUUCAAGACUGCGAGGGCGGCACUCUUCCUCAUCAUGAAGAAACAAACCAUGAUGAUUUUAGCGGCAGCUAUUUUGCUUUUGUCGAUGGCCGUAAAAAAGUCAAGCGGGAAUCUUCUUCCAUCACUUCAGUUCACACGCGACACAUUAAUGAGUUUCUCAAUGGGCUCAGAGCGUGAGGUAGAAAUUCUCACACCGAACAAGACAACGAGACUAAUUCCUAAUUCUGGCAACACUGGUUUAAAGAUUGUGAAAAUGUCUAAAGGAGUCCGACCAGUUAAAGGAGCGAAAAAGGUACUCAAGGGAACUUUUUUAUCUGUAACGAGUCAUAGCAUGAUUAUACCAGCGACUCCAAAACCAGUUACGCAAACGGUGAUCACAUAUCAGAAAAAACGAAAGACGUACAGACCUCGCGCCUCCCCAUCGAACAAGUUUCUUGAAGCUAUCAACGACAUCGAACGCGCUGUGGCUAAUGCGAGGGCUUCAGGAGUCCGCCACAACGGUGAUACGUUGCCAAAAUUAAAAAGACUUAUUGUAAGGGCGAUUAGGAGCAAAAGUUUCAAGUAUGCGCGCGAGGUUCUUGGACAUAUCAUGUUUAUUUUAAGCACAAAAUCAUCACCACCAAGACGCACAAAGCGGGCUUCUCAAAACAGUGCAAAUAAAGGUAAAGAAUUUCUUCAGGGACUUCGCACUCAGCUUGGAAGGUCGACGUUUGAUAGCUUCAUGGCUGUUCAAGGAGAUGUAUCUCUCAUGUUUGUCAUCGAUAACACAGGAAGUAUGGGCGAUGAAAUUCAAGCUACAAAGAAUAUCGCUAUUGAUAUCAUCAAUUACCCACGUCAAGCCCCUGUUGAGUACAUUCUCUCACCAUUCAAUGACCCUUACCCAGGUAAGUAAGGCUAUCACGCACUGUCACGCAAUCUGUGUUAAGUAUACUGCCUUUUACAUAGGAACGUCUAAUUUGGGGGCUGAGGCUGAACUUUCUAUAUAUUUUUUUGCGGUUUGAGCCUAGAAACGGUCCUUACAUGUUCUUAAAGUUGUGAGGUUUAAUAUUUUAAUAAAUUAAUUCGUACGUGACCGAACAAAGUCCAGACCACAUUUUUAAUGUGAAAAAAGGCCCCUGGUUAUUCGAGUUAAUAGUCCUCUUAGACCACAGUUUUACAUUUCUUUUACCUUUAUCUGAACAUUCCACCCCCCCCCCCCAAAAAAAGCAAGAUUGAAACGUUCUUAACUGACUCCCAGCCUGAUUAUAUCCUCAUCAUGUUCUUAAAACUUGAGAACAGAUGCAAAUACAGAUGACAUUUCUCUCAGUCGGGUAUAAAAUUCUUCGCUAUUGUUGCCAGUGUCUCUAAUAAGCGUCCCGAAAAAGAUGCCGCUCUGCUUCACACAACUGACAAGAGUAUUUCUUUUGAUUUUAUUUAAUAAGACAGUCAAUUAGUCCUUUUCUGGCCCGCAGUAAGGGCUUCUUGUUAUUUGCCAGCGCGAGUGAGCAGUUCUGACUCCUCGCAAUUGUCCUCCGAGCCAUUGUAUUUGGUUUAGGGCCAGGAGGUGGGGACAUACGUACUUUUCCUUCCCCUUCCCUUACCCGUUCCUUUCCUCUCGUCCAUUGACAGCCCCCUGGGUGGAAUAUUUUUCACUCCCAGCCUUCCCCUGCUUAAAAAAAUUCAAGAUGGUGGUUGGACCCUUCACGCGGAGUCAUGUUUUAAACAUCGAGUGUUCGCCAGCAAUAAAAACACUCCUGCACCACAGGCUAGUCUUUUUCACAACUCAAUUAGCGUAAUGCAAUUUCAUUUUCUUUGCAGAUGUAUCACCAGUGGUUAUAAUGGACGAAAUUGACGCUGGCGAGUUUGUGAAAGCUAUAAACAAUCUCAGAGCAAAUGGGGGAGGUGACUGUCCCGAGUAUACCUUUACAGGCAUGCUGGAGGCGCUCUAUCAAGACCCGCAUUGGGGCUCCCCUAUGUACGUGUUUACUGAUGCUGGUCCGAAAGAUGCCACAGAUGAAAACAUCGAGGAGGUGAAGCUCUUGGUUAGCGCCGAAGAAUAUGGCGUGACAAUCAAUUUUUUUACAACCGGUGAGUGCAAUGAUAUUUUAAGCUAUUGUUUGGUCUCGUCACGCAAUAUGCUCUUUGCUUCGAAGAGAGAGUGUCACGGAACAAAUAAGUUGUUGUGUGUGGGCUGGCGUAACAACUAUGGUUUUAUGUGGUUGCAUUUUUGCCUGAUAAGAUCUUUUUCGACAGUCGGGCGUUAUCUUUGUUCUUAAUCUUUAAUAUCAUUACUGUUAUUACUUUCAUUAUUAUCAUAACUGUUGUUUGUUGUUUAAGCAAUGUUUAUUUUUGUCGCGAUUAUCAAGGUGCUUUUCUUGUUUUAUAGCCGUUUCAAUUAUUUUUUCUGUUAUUCUCACUUUUAUCAGCGCGAAAGAUGUCAAUCAGUGUUAAUAGACGUUGUACAAAAUAAGAACAAACUUGUUUCCCUCUGUUGAGAUCAACUACACGCGGAUCUACGUAAGCUUCGGCUUGAAGAUCACUCAUCAAGAAACCUAUAGAUGAUUUUUUUUUCUUAAUUUUGAAAACAACGAAAGGCUUGGGGGCAGGGAAUGAUGGAAGGGUGCGGGGAGGGGAUAAGGAGAGGGUGGAGAUCCGGCUAUCCGCCUCGAUACCCGAGGAUUAGCCAGGAAAGCGCGUGUCAUAUUUCUUGCCUAUUUCUUGCCUACCUACUCUCCAUUAGGAUGUAGCUGCAAGGAAAACGAUGCGUACGUUAUGAGACAAUGGUCAUCUCGACAGCAUUACAGCUAAUGUAAUAUGAUUGAUUUAAAUAAACGAUGUCGGUCUUUUCAGGGUACUGCACUUCCCAGGGAUACUCACAUCAAGACCCGAGGAAUCUCCAUCCAGCUUUUAGGGAACUAGCAGAAUUGACUUCCGGCCAGGCAAUUUUGUUGAAAGACCAGUGGGAAUUAGAAGAACUGAACGAUUUGACCGGGGGAGUACUUGAAGGAACUAAUGUUAUCAGUGUUGGCUCGAAUAUGUCGGGAAGAAAGAAACGGAACACUGACGGAGCAGUAAGCAACCGAUAUAGCAUUCCAGUGGACGAGUCUAUCGAGAAAAUGACCAUAUCAGUGACUACCACAAAGAGAGAUACAAAAGGUGGGAAUAAUUACCACCAGAUAUUCGGAUCAAUGUCAGUAUCUGAACAGCUGCGCACCUACCCCUCCCCUGACCCAGCAUUAACCCAUCAGGUGACUGUUUUGGGGUUAGGGGAGGGGUAGGUGCGCAGCUGCCCAGAUACUAAUAUUUAAUCUGGUACUCUAACAACAAGAAGUAGGCUUUGAGAAUGACAGGGGCAAACAUUUGUCCAGUUUGUCCUUAGUAAGAUCGAUUUUACCGUGAACUUUCCAAUACGCUUAGGAAAAGUAGUAUAUACUCUCAAGUAAUGUUCUGAAACACAACCUUGCUUGAACGAUCAUAACGCAAGUGCUCUGGUAGAGACUUUUUCGGGAGAGGAGCACAGGUCUUCUUAUUAGAGACGAGACUUUAGCCUCUUAUCUCCCAUGAGUGACCGAGACAGAAUUUCUCCUAACUAUCUCAAUACAAUAUCAAGCAGACAAGUAACGAGAAUAAAGAAAAACAUCAACUAGGGGAUAAUCAGUUGAUCCAAUACCAAAUUCUCUUAACUAUCAUCAUAAGAAUUGUAUGACAGACAGUAAGGAGAAUUACUAAAGAGAUCUUAGGGGUGAAAGUGUUAACAGAUAUAGGGAUAUUACCGGGUUUCCGGCAGUUGACACUAUAUAGUUAAUGAAACCAUCCAUGUAACGAUCGUUCUCUCAUAUCUCUCCUCGCAAAGGUCAAGGAAUCACUCUAACAGAUCCCGACAAUAUCAUUAUCACAUCUGGAAAACGCAGCCUGUCCCAGAUCUCCGUUUACCAGAUUGACAACCCCAAAAAGGGAGACUGGACACUAACUGUGUCUGGCAGCAAUGGAGGUCACCAAUUUUACGUCAAAUCGACCAGUGAGACAAACGUCGACUUCGAACAUUACUUCAUCAUUCCAUUAAGCCGCAGGCGCCAUCAGGAAGUACCUAUUUCAAAUCCAAUAAUUGGUGAGUUCGCGUUGUCAAUUCCGCUCUUUGAAGACACUACCGGUCAUUAGUUAUUUCCCGGGGGGGGCGGGAGAAAGGGGGUGUGAUUUUUGUGGGGAUCACAUGGUUUUCAGGGGAACGGAGAGGGGAUCGGUCGUCGCCAACACAGUAUAAAAGAGGGACAAUAGAAAAUUGACUGUCAAUUAACUGCCCAUAAGGAGGGGGGGGGGGGGCUCGUAAGAAUGUUAUAGAGCCUUAGGGGGAUCAAGUAGAUUUUACCGUGACACAAUCAAAAUCCUCCUACUUCGUCCUUCACGCGACCAAUGUCAGACAUGUACAAUGAUUUUGUUUGUUUAUCUAUUUAUUAUUUUUUUGUCGUGUUUUUUUUCUUCUUAGGUAAACGGAACAAGGUGGUUAUAACCGUCGCUGGUUCUGAGAAAGUCAUUCCAAGCUCCUUGCGUUUGGACCUUAUUACCCCUGAAGGAACAAAGAUCAGCGACGUCACACUACAGACAGCUGACAGGGUCCAUUUCACCUCAAGUUUCACGCCUCGUGUUAGUCAGCCGUUCAAAUUCAAGCUCAGAGGUACCACUCGUGGCGGGAACGCGUUUGAGAGGAUUUCACACCAGACGAUCAAACCCACGACUGUCGUGCUAAGGGGAAAGUAUGCCAGCAAUGAUUAUACUCUCCCUCUAGGAAGAGUCACCUUUGUUCAUUUUCAACUGUGUAAUUUUGGUGAAAGUGAACAUUUUGACGUGACAGUCGUGAAAGACAAGAUGGGGUACAUGCUCUCUCAGAGUGUCAGGUCAAGGCGGGUAAUAAAGGGCCGUUGCACUACACUUUCCGUUCGCGCCAAAGCCACACGUUCUACAGAUGUGGACAAAACAGAUACCGUGUUUUUAAUCGCGAAGGGUCGAAAAUCUAAAGUUGUAGCUUCACAAGCGGUGCGUCUGUUCGUUGUUUCUUAAGUUCAUCGGAGUCGGGCUUUAGUUUUUUCAGCGCAUGAAUGAGAUAGCAAAUGUAAACAGAGAAAACAAUCUAGAAUAGAAGGAUAAUGAAUAAAUAAGUAAGAAAGUUUGGUUAUCUGUCUGAUUUUCUAUCUGCGUUUCUUCAUCUCGGAUUAUCAAUUUUCAGUACUACGCUUGUAACUAUUAUAUUUUAAUCAAAAAUCAAAUAAUUUUUUCCUCAUUACGAUUUAUGUUACCGUAAGAAUGUUUUUCACUGGC